AUGAUAAGAAAUCCAAGUAUCAUGGCUAAAGCACAACUUGAAGUUAGAGAAGUCCUAAAGGGAAGAGAAAUAUUUGAAGAUACUGAUCUAGAAGAGUUGAAGUAUCUAGAAUUAGUGAUUAAAGAAACAUUAAGGCUGCAUCCUCCACUUCCUUUGUUACUCCCAAGGGAAUGCAGAGAAGAAACAAAAAUUGACAAAUACACAAUACCUAUCAAAACAAGAAUCAUGGUGAAUGCAUGGGCAAUUGGAAGAGAUUCUAAAUAUUGGCAUAAUUCAGAAAGUUUUAUACCUGAGAGAUUUGAAAAUAAUUCUAUUGAUUUCAAAGGAAAUCACUUUGAAUUUAUUCCAUUUGGCGCAGGUAGAAGAAUGUGUCCAGGGUUGUUAUUCGGCUUAGUGAAUGUAGGACAUCCUUUAGCUCAGUUGCUUUAUCACUUUGAGUGGAAGACUCCUUAUGGGGUUACUCCAGAUAAUUUUGAUAUGACUGAAACAGAUGGAGCAACUGCAAGAAGAAAGGAUGAACUUUCUUUAAUUGCUACUCCCUUUGGUCUCUCUUAACAGUAGAAAUAGACUUGAGGACUUUUUCCCUUUGUUUAAAGUAAUUGUACAUUUCACUGGUUGCAACUUGUUUAUCAGCCAGCAGUGAUGAAUAAGAAGAUAAUAGUACUUACUUUAGAUAAUUGUGUACAUAUCUUUACAAGGUAUACCUAUACUUAUCUAUCUUACAUGUGAGCAGCAAAAGAUGACUGAUACGUUACAGAACAAAAAGAAUUAACAAUACUUAUAGUUUUGCCUAUUAUGGAUAUUUUUUCACUAUGAAACGUAUUUAGAGUCUGUAUUCCAUUUCAUACAAUUUAUAUUCUUUUAUUAUGUUAGGUUCGAAUGGUAAUGCUUCAGCUUGAUUGUU